CUCCUCCAUCCUCCGGCCAGAAUCCACAGCGCCGCCGCGUUCGUCUGCCCGCCCGAGCCGCCGCUCCCCUCCCUGGCUACCUCGGUCUCUCCUCGCUUCCCAGUCCCAGCCCACCGCGCCGCUGCCCUUCGUGGUUCGCUGCUAUUCGCGCCGCGGCGUUAACUGGCUAGCUGGUAGCGAUGGCAACCGAGCCGCCGCCGCCGGCAGAGAAGAAGAAGGCGCCGCUCCCCAAGGUGGUCACGCUCAAUAAGGCCCUCAAGCUGGCCCAGACAUGGGUGGACAAAAUGAGUACAUCAGAGCCAGAUGAACCCAACGAUAAAGAUUUCGAGGGCCGGCCAGCAAGGCUCGGUCUUGGUGCUAAAGCGGCACCUGGUGUGAAGCGUGUGGCUCCCACUGACCCAGUUGAGAGGAGGUUGCUUGGGAAGGUGAAUGCGCAGAAGAGAAAGGCCUUGGAGGAUGAGAAUAGAGCUGCUCAGGAGGCGAAUGAGGCUACUAGUGACGACGAUGAGCCUGAAAGCAGGACCAGUGCCUUUAACAAGAAGAGGCCACUGCCUUCAGUUACUUCUACACCUUUAGGGAAGAAGGCAAAGUGACAGUCUGUAUGCAUAGCCUAUCUAAGUGAUCUCCUUGUUCUGGUUGUGUUUCUUACUAACUCCCAGACUGAUGCUAUUUUCAUGGGCAUAGUAUUACCUUCUCAUAGUCCAGUGUGUGGUUCCUGAACUUAAAGGGAUAGCUGUGCUUGAUAUUGUUAAUGCUCAUUGCCAAUUCAGAAAUUCACACACACUCUCUGAUCAAAGAUAAAUACACUGUGAUACUCAUUUGAUUAUUUUUACUUCGAUUCAAAUGUCAUUCCCGC